CACAAUUCCCUGUCAAAGCGCAGUUGUGAGCGAGCCGACUUAUUUCAGCCCAAGAACUGAAGAAAACAAAUAAACAAAUAUGCUCCGGGUUGUAUAUGGUAUAUUUAGGAAAAAAACAUAAUUAGGCUUCAGCUAAUAAAAAUAAGUGAUAGAGAAAGGGAAGAGAUGUGUGCAGCUGCAGUGAAUAUAAAGUAAAUUGACUGAUACAAAAUGCAUAAUGACUCUAGAAAUAAGUCCUCAUUAAGUAUAUAAUCUGCUGAAUGACAUUUACCAAAGCAAAGUGAAUGAAUCCUGUAUUGAAAAAAUAAAGAUGUGGGAAACAAUAGAAGGAACUGAAACAAAUGCUGUUACACUAGGAAAGCAAGGCGAAGGAUCAGAGAACUGGGAAUCAGUUGAAAAUACCAAAGUUAUCAAAGAGGAAACAGAUAUUUUAAAACAGUUAUGGGCAUGUGCGGACAUUGCAGAGGGUGAAAAAGUAGCUGACGUAAGUGGGGCCAGCAAGCAAGAAGUGCUUCCUGAACAAGAUUGGCAGAGCACAUCUCGCAAUAAUAUGGAAAUCACAAUACAAACAGUUCAGAAAGAGAUGCAGCUAAAGGCUUCCGCAUCUAGUGGUGUUAAUGUUGGAUCAAAGAAUAUUGCUAAAAAACCUGAAAUUCAUCAGUGUUCUGAAUGUGGGAAGAAGUUUGAUAACAAAUUCCAGUUAGAGUCACACAUAUUUAGUCAUACUGGAGAGCCACCGUUUGAAUGUGUAGACUGUGGGAAGAUUUUUCAGCAACAAUAUGCAUUAAAGAAUCAUCUACUCAUACACAGAAAGACGUUUGCUUGUACGGUUUGUGGGAAAAGACUAUUAAAUUACCAGAACCUUGCCAGACAUAUCCAGACCCAUAGUGAAGAGAAACCACAUAAAUGUUCUGUAUGUGGAAAAGGCUUUCGAGAGAAAUCUUAUGUUAAGAAACAUAUGUGUACUCAUGCUGGAUUGAGUCCUUUUCUGUGCCCUGAGUGUGGCAAGACCUUUGGGGAAAAGAGAUAUUUAGAGAUACAUAAGCGUAGUCAUACUGGUGAGAAACCUUUUGUUUGCCCACAAUGUGGAAAAGGUUUUGGUGACAAACGCUACCUAAAAGAUCAUAUGCGAAUUCAUACAGGGGAGAGGCCUUUUAACUGUACAGAUUGUGGGAAAAGUUUUGGAGACAGAAAAUAUUUGAAAGUCCAUAUUCGUAUUCAUACUGGAGAAAAACCAUUUGAGUGCUCAGUAUGCAGAAAAAGAUUUAGGGAUAGGAGAGAUCUUAAGAGACACAUAAAACUGCACACCAGAGAUUCUGUAUAGACUGCACGACAAGAAGUAGUGUGUGUGUGUGUGUGUCUGUGUGUCUGUGUGUGCGAGUGUGUGUAUCCGUGUGCGUGUGCGUGUGUGUGUGUUUUGAUGAGUUUAAUUGUAUUAAAGUGUAAUGUCUUAGGGGUAGAAUAUAUAUCAAAGAUUGAAUUUUGAAACAUUUAGAAUUGAUUUAGUGAAAAUAGUAAUAGAUUAAUUGCAAUGGUAAGUGUUUUGAUAUCACUUCAAGUGAUAUUUAUAUUGUUAGCAACAUAACAUAAGUACAGAGAUCACACACACACACACACACACACACACACACACACACACACACACACACACACACACACACCACACAC